UAGAAAUAAAAAGAAGUAAUGACGCCCACUAAGGUACCAACGAAAAAUCGAGGCGUGCAUACAAACGGUCGAGUUGAGAAUAUUCAGGAUGAAUUGCGGACUGUUAUUGACCUCAUGGGUCCUGAAUCACAAGAUUUAUCAACCACAACUGAAGCUAGUGAUAGUACAACCCUAAACACAUCCAUUAUUGAAAUUGAUUGUGAAGAUAAAGAAGUGAUACACCAACUUGUACAGGACCCAAAUGCGAAACCACUAGAACCAAACACCCCUCGAGAUUAUUCCGAACUAAGUUCACUUGUAACAGACAGUGUUGCUAUAUAUAUAGAUCCAAAACCCUCAGAAUAUAUGGAUAAUUUACCAUCCGAAAUAAACGAAAAGAAAUUUCUGAAUAUUCGCAAUCCGAUUCAAAAGAUCUCGAGUCUUUUCACGAAAAACACAAACGGAAACGGCGUCAUUACAAAUUCUUCUCAAGUAGACCAACAACAAGCCUCUAUACUACCCUCUCAAAACGUGGACCUUUAUAGGAUUAACAUCCUCCAACCCAAAUCUGAAUCAGCACCUAAACGAGUAGUCUUUGAUCUUGUGGAUGAUCCCAUGCCUUGCACCAAUACCGUAGCGACGAAUACUUCACCACGCAGUCGAAGAAGACGACGUGAAGCGCAGUUACUCUACAGAAAUGCGAAUUGUAACGAUGAGCAAUACCAAAAACAGAUUAUAAAUGAAAAUCAAGGAUUUGCACCGAGUUUACACAUGAAUUCUUUACAACAUCGGAGUGAACCGAUGAUGGACGCAUCUCUGAGGAUGCAGAAGAAAACAAUUUACCAACGAUCAGCAGCCGCUGAUAAAAUACCAGGACAAUUGGAUAGUGUAACACGCGUUGAUGUGUAUUACUUUGAUCAUGGAAAUUCAGCGUAUUAUCACACGACUGAUCGUCCUCCGGUUAUUAUGACUGAGAUAUUGGCGGAGAGAACUGAAAAUUAUACGACGAAGUUUUGGGCAGAGACAUUCGGUUUCGUGCAUAUAUUAUUUUCGUUUAUUACGUCUUUUGUUCUGCAGUUACUAAGGUCAUUUUUGCAAAGUUUUAUGCGUCCGUUAACAGUUGGUGUGCUGCAGAUUUUCUCGGAUUAUUGCAUUAAACCGCUGUUGGCGACCAUUUUUAACGCAUUGGUGCAACCACCAUUGAUUUUUGUUUACAAUGUCGCCACAACAAUGCGUGAUAUCUGCGAUCCGAUUGCAGAAGGCAUGGGAUACUUUUUACGUGAAAUCGCCGCCAUUUUUGCCGCAAUUCGUUUAGUAGACGUUAAAUAUUGUGGAAACGAUGGGAAAAAUAAAAGAAAAUGUGCUCACCAAUCCAAUUUGACGGAUGGUCAAGAUGUGGAACAAAACUAAUGUUUAUGCUAAUACUUUAUACUAUGUUAUACACUAUUUUAUUCUAAGUAAUUUACCUCACAACUUUUAUGAAACUCAA